GCGUCCGCAAAAUUAAAAUCCAUAGUGAUAAUGAAGCAAAAUAAAGAUAAAACCUAAUGUAUUUAAUAUUAUUGAAUUUUAUCUUCACACCCACGUGAAUAUUACAAACCUAAACUGUUAUUGUUACUUCAAUUCCAAUCCAGAUAAGCAUUGGCCAAACCACAGUGGUACCUAGUUCUAAAAGGCACAAGUUUUUACAAUAUUGACUAUUUAUUUGAACUCACAUAAUGAUCAGUGUUUCCAAUGCUUGCGUUAGUUUGUGUAUUCUUGUAGUUUUCGUCAACAUACGUGCUUCUUUUUCUCAAUACAGCAAGCCUUGGAGUGAUAAAUAUGAAAGCAAUAAAUGUCCGAAACUAUACCCAAAGAAUUUUAUCAAUUAUGCCCCAGUGGGUAACCUAACUGCUGGAAACUACUCAGAAAAAACUGGUCUCAAAGGUCUCCGGCAGUGUGUGAUGGCAUGCUGUCUUGAGGAGACCUGCAAUAUUGUGUUUAUAUUUGAUUCCCGCUGCUUCCAUGUGGAGUGUGUGAGUGAUGAGCUGUGCUUGCCACUGCUGCGGGUUGGGAGCCCCAAGUGGGAGUCCCAUGUCUCCAUGAUACUUGUCAAGCCUGUGCUGCCCAGUGAAAACUGGUCUGAAAUAUUGGAUCAGUCCAGCUACAGAGAAGCUGGCACCAAUUAUUCCCCUGAGGAUGAGUCCGUUUACUCCCCGUACACAAGGAACCAAAAUCUGCUUACCGACGAUGAGGAAUCUAACUUCCUGUCGCAUUUCCUUAAUAAUCUGCCAAUGGAGGAUGAUGAUACUAGGCCAUAUGAUAAAUACAGGGACAGUACUGACAAUGAACUGUUAGUGGAUGCAACUAGAUUUCUGGAAAAAGUUCCUUGUGAGGUAGGCGCGUCAGGGGACUGCCCUUUCAACUCUGAAUGCAUUCCGCUUGGUCUGAAAACACGCAACGGCAUUUGCAAAUGUGUACCCGGCACUGAAGAGAAUGCACAAGGUGUUUGCGUACAGAUGUUGCGCCCUUUCUCUAAGGGACCUACCAUUCCGAUGGACAGCAAAAAGAGUGGGGAGGUGGACAAAACAGAUAUGAAAUCUGAAGCGCCUAAAACUGUUCAAAAUUUGACUGUCUCCAUUGUUUCUAAAACAGUGCAACUUCCAGACAAUGAAGUAACUUUGGCAGCGUAUACAAUUCCUGAUGAGAAGGCAACAAUGAGCCACUAUAACUAUGCAUGGACGCUAGUUGACCAGCCUAAUGGUGGAUUUACAGGCAACAUGAAUCAAAACGGUGCAACGGUUACCCUAACCGAGCUGACCGAAGGCCAGUACCGCUUCAAGCUGACGGUGAACGGCACCAACGCGUACGGCGAAGGCUUCGCCAACGUAACGGUGUUGCCGCCGCUGAGGGUGAACACGCCGCCGCAGGCCAUAGUGACGCCGCAGACACAGACUGUUAAGUUGCCGAAUUCGGUGGCGGUGCUCGAUGGCAGCGCCAGCAAGGACGACGAUGCCAUAAUAUCAUGGCACUGGGAGCUCACAUCCGGCCCUAUCGGUUACCAGCCGCCCUUAGAAGACAAGCCCACACUCGUCCUAAAGGACCUCAAGCAACCGGGGAACUAUACGUUCAAGCUCACCGUGGAGGACUCCGACCAUGUGAAGAACUCCACCACGGCCAACAUUACAGUGUUGAACCAUACCGACUACCCGCCUGAAGCUAAUGCAGGUCAAGAUGUAAUAAUCUACCUCCCGAACAACAACUUGACCCUGAACGGGAGCCUGUCCACCGACGACCACGAGAUCACCUCGUGGGAGUGGACGAAGGCCGCCGAGGACGAGAACAAGGCGGUCGACAUGCAGAAUACACAUUCGCCUUAUUUGCAGCUAUCAAACUUAUCGGAAGGCAUGUACACCUUCGUGCUCAAGGUGACGGACUCCUCGGGUCAGACGUCAGCGGCCGACGUGCACGUGUUCGUCAAGCCGCCGACCAACACUCCGCCAGAGGCCCACGCCGGCCCGGACCAGUUCAUAUCUCUCCCCCAAACGUCGGUAACCCUCAACGGCUCGGCCUCGCACGACGAUCACCGUAUAGUCGCAUACACAUGGCGCUGCCUCGUCGGCCCCACUAACAGUACCAUCCUCAACUUCAAUGAGUCCGUCGCCAACGCGACCGGCCUCACGAAGGGCCAGUACGUUUUCUCGCUGACUGUACUUGACGAUAACGGGAAUUCGGCCUCGGAUAAUGUGACUGUCAAUGUGGCUCAGAACCAGAAUAGUCCUCCGAAAGCGAACGCGGGCGGCAACCAAGUACUGUACCUGCCGCUGCCGGUGCUUAUUCUGAACGGGUCCAAGUCGUCGGACGACUUCCGCAUCGUGUCGUGGAAGUGGACGCGCUCGGGCUCCGGCCUGGCCGCCGGCACCGUCAUCCUCGACUCUGACAAGGAGCCUGUACUUAUGUUAACAAACAUAGAGCCGGGCCGCUACGUGUUCGAGUUGACAGUGACGGACGACCAGGGAGAUUCCGACAGAGACACCGUCAGCGUGCAGGUGAAGCCAGAUCGUCUGGAACGCAACCUACUAGAGAUGACCCUCAAUAUUCCCAUAUCAUCGUUCACGCAAACACAGCUGGAGUCGCUCAUACAGAAAAUGACGCUUCUACUAAAGGACGACGUCAAGAUCAAUGUCACAGAAGUACGCGGGGAAAUCGACUCGGGGAACACACAGCUUAUAUUCUUCUUGUGGGAAAAUGGUGAAGCGAUGGAAGGCAUCCGCGCGCUGGAGGUGUCGCGCCCGGCGGCGGCCGCGGCCGGGCCCGAGGCGGCGGCGCGCGUGCGCACCACGCGCUGCCUCAGCGCCUGCUCGGGCCGCGGCGUGUGCGACGACGCCACGCGCGCCUGCCGCUGCGACGCCUUCUGGAUGCAGAGCCUGCUCGCGCAGCUGCAGCCGCACCGAGGGCCCGACUGCGAUUGGUCGGUGGUGUACGCGAGCCUGGGCGGCGUGGCGCUGCUGUGCGCGCUGGGCGGCGGCUGCUGGGGCGUGGCGCGCGCGCUGCGCCGGCUGUGCGCGCCGCGCAGGCCGCCGCGGCGACCCAAGUACAGGCUGCUGCCCGUCGCCGACCACGAGGACAAGCCGUUCACUGCCAAAGACCUGUCCGAAUCGGAGACGGAGUCGGACGUGUUGUUCGAGAGCAAGAGCAAAACCACGUCGUUCGCGACGCGACUCAUGAACGGCGAGGCGCCGCACAGCUACAAGAAGAACGGACACUACAAGGGCACCAGGAAAGUGAAGACGUAGCUCAGAAGUUACGUGGUGGCGCGGGCGCGGGCACAGCUGUGCUGGAUACUGUGAUGCGCGCGGGUCGGGCGGAGGACCGGUAACGCCUGGCUGGCUAAUACGACCUGAAACCAUCAGGAGCUGAGUCUGUAUAGUCACUAUAGUGCCACUGAUAUGUACCAUUGCUAAACAAUCAUCGGUCAAAAGCGUCUAUCAAAAGACCCAUCGACGAUGUGCUGGAAGUCAUGCCUUUAUUCGUCAUUUCCGCGCGAUAAACACUACUUAAGCCUAUUGGACAACUCCUGAUUGAAUGACUAGUAUAAAAUAAAUGGUCAAUGAAAACGCCUUUUUGCUGUCAUGUCAGAGGCUAAUUUAGAAAAAAAAUGUUUUAUAUUUACGAUAACUAUACGCGGUUUAAAAAUACAGUAAACUAACCUUUUCGCCGCUACGUCGAUGACAUCAAUACCACGUCAAAAAUGUUACGUAUACAAACCUGACCAAAACCACGAGGAGUCGUGGCAUGUGGGGCACGAAAUGUAAUAACUUUAUACCAAGUCAAAGGCGACGAAAAGGUUUAGUAAAGAAAGGCGUUAGACAUUGUGAGAACAUUGAAAUAAAAUAACACAGCACUCGCGUGAGUCGAUUGGAAAAUAUAUGAACAUAUUUAGCUAGAAUUAAUUUUUACUAGAAUGUCACAUAGGUAUAUUUUUUAGGUAUACAUAUAAUUAUCAAGCCAUGAAGCCAUAAACAAGUGAGGUAACAUGUAAAAAUAAAUAUAAUAAUUUAUGUCAAUGUAUAUUUUGGUGUGAUUUUAUAUCUAUGCCAUAAGUUUUAAUCGUGCGUAAGCUUCUCAGUUGUUACCACUGGUAAAAACAACUUAGUCAUCAGUUUCGUGUUCGGUGCAUUAAUUUACAUGAUAAAUUACAUAAAUAAAAUGUAUUUAAACGAUGUAUAUGCAACACAAUAGAAUUUGUGUGGUGUACGUGUACGUGAGAUUCAAUAUGACCAAAGAGAAUUUUAAAUAGAGGUGGACUGUCAAAGAAAACUUUGUAGCCGCAGUGAAUUUACUGCCAUCUUUCGACACAUGAUUACAACUUUUAAAACGCCAUUUGACUGUGAUCCUUAUUGUUUCACUAAUAUGUGUUAAAUUUGUUAAAUAUCAAAAAGCGGUGCCAUCUAAUAGAUCAAAGGCCAAAGGUAUGGCGGCAUCGUUUCGAACGAUGGCGCCAAAACCUUUAGCCAAAGCCCGGUAAGAUGGCACCACUUUUUGAUAAAAAAAAAAAAAUAAUAAUAAUAAUUUAGCCUAUAUACGUCCCACUGCUGGGCACAGGCCUCCUCUCAUGCGCGAGAGGGCUCGGGCUAUAGUCCCCACGCUAGCCCAAUGCGGAUUGGGGACUUCACAUACACCUUUGAAUUUCUUCGCAGAUGCAUGCAGGUUUCCUCACGAUGUUUUCCUUCACCGAAAAGCAAGUGGUAAAUAUCAAAUGAUAUUUCGUACAUAAGUUCCGAAAAACUCAUUGGUACGAGCCAGGAUUUGAACCCACGACCUCCGGAUUGAAAGUCGGACGUCAUAUCCACUCGGCCACCACCGCUUACUUACUUACUUUUUGAUAUUUAACAAAUUUAACACAUAUUAGUGAAAUAAUAAGGAUCAAAGUCAAAUGGCUUUCUUAAAGUUUAAAUCAUGUUUCGAAAGAUGGCAGUAAAUUUACUGUGGCUACAAAGUUUUCUUUUACAAUCCACCUCUAUUUCAAAUUCUCUUUGGUAUGACUAAAAUUUAAUAUUGUUUUACGUGCGUUUCUCUUGCUAAUUUAUAUAUUUCACACAAAAUGAGUAUAUGUGUCGUUCUCAAGCAAAAGGUACCACAUUGUACCUUACCAUAAGGAUGCAAUUUGCUCGUAUCUUUAUACGAAUAACCUGUCAGAGCGUCCUUAUGGCAAGCAACAAUGUGGUACCUUUUGUUUGAGAACGACACAUAUUUACAUUCAAGUACUUAAUAAAUGUUUUAUUUACUUUAUUUGAAUAGUUUUUAAAGCCUUUUUUACACGGCUGCUGCAUGUUUAUGUUACUGUGAUUUGUUUAUAUAAAUAAGUAAAUCAAUGUACUUAGAACUUAGGACAUACAUACAUUAGAAUAGGAUAUUUAUCAUUAUGUUAUUAAUUAUACACAUUGAACUAUCGAAAUUUUCAUGACUAAAAUAUUGACUAAGUAUGUAUCUACUUUAAACAUACUUUAUACAUUGUUCUAAAAUCAAGCAUAUGUGAUGUAACAACUAAAUUAAUGAUGAUGAUCGAGUAUUAAAUUUAAUAGGCAUUCCACUCAGGCAGUUACGACUCCUUCUUUAACAAUAAAUUUGUUAGUACUUAAUUACUUGCAUAUACUUGCAACCUACAUAAUAUUAGUGGUACAUAUGUACCCAAAUAUUAAAUAACGCAGAGAUGUACAUAAAUGCAAAUGAAUAUAAAAUUAACUCUUUAGUGCACACGAAGCCCAGGCAAUUAUAAUAUUAGACACUACUGACAGCUAUUAAAGUUUAAAUUUAAAUUUAUUUUUUAUGACAUGCCGUAAAAGGUAAAGUUACUUUAGAUUAUGACUUAUGACAGAAGUAAACACAGUAUUAUAAACCCAAAACAAAAUAUGAAAUGCAGUACUUAUAGUUAAAAAUACAUUAUUGUUUUAAAAUAAUACAAUAACUAAAUGUUAUAAGACAAUUUUACACAGAUAUGCUAUCUUCCACAGUUAGCUAAAUAAGGCUUGUAUUGUGGGUACUAGAGGAAAAAAAAACUUUGAAAAGCUAUUUACGCCAUCUACUAUUAUUGUACGGCUCUCUCAGGGAACUACUGCUGUAUUUACUAUAUCUUUACUUAUGUUUUUUAGGUCACAUUCCAGUAUUAUUUAAUCAGCUAUCUAUUAUUAUACCUAUAGAGGUGCCACGUAUUAAGCACACAACUAUGUGUUAUAUGUAUAGGAGAAAAGGUUUUUAAAAGGGUGGCACUGAUAACAACCAUUAAUACAUAUCGGUGUCCAGUGACCUGUACAUUCACACCGAGAGGUAAUAAAUAAAUAUUGUAAUAUACGGCUAAAUACCUAUCCACAAUAUCAUAAGUAAAGCCCGACUAGAGAUAUAUGAUCAUUGUCAAGAGGGCGCUGUUAUUCUCAUGUAUAAGGGUGACAGUAAGUUUAGUAUGAACAAUUUAGUUCCAAUGAAAUUCCGCAAUAUGGCGCAUGAUCAUAUAUUACUGGUCAGGCUUUAAAUAAGUAUGUAGAUUUACAUUUUUAGUACAGUCGACCUUAAAAGUCGUAGAAUGCUUUAGCACUUUGUCAUUUGUGCGUUACUGCGAUAAAGGUCACAAAAAAAACGAAAAAGCGAUAAAGCAACGUCCCAAGCCGACUGUACAUUUUAUGUAGAAGCAUUUGCACAAAUAUGAAUCUAGAGACUCUGAUGCCGUGUUAUAUUAAUCAGUCGACGUUAAAUAGAAUAAAAGAUGUAUCAAAGUAAACACCUAAUGAUUAAGUAUAGGUACGUAUGAUUAUAAAAUUCCGUUAGUAAAAAGUACAGUUAUAAGAAAGCCUAUGUGUGUAAUGAACAACACACGUGUUCCAUACGACGUUUAUCAACACACUUGCGUGGAAAUAGUACAUUACGAUGCAAAUGCUAAAAGUAGGAAAUUCGCAACGUCUGACGAUAAAUUAAGACACGACACGAUUUUAAAUCGACACGAGCUGCGUUUUUUUUAUUCGCACAAGUAUUGUACGUUUUACAGUACUUAUGGUCCUUUAAAUUUUCGACAUAGGCACGUAAAGUGCUAAUUACCGCACUUGUACCAUAUGUACUGUAAAAAUAGUAAUCUGUAUUUUUACUAAAGGGGCUGUAUAAAAUCUUGGCUAUGAUGAUGCUAUGGAUAAUGCUAUGAAUUAAUAAUUAUAUAUAUGUACGACAUGAAACAGCUGUUUCAAUUGUGUUGUAUAAAAUAAUGAUAGUUAACAUUUUUAUAAUCCUAAAUUUCUGAGAAAUUGACAUUUACAAUAUUUAUUGUUAUUUAUAAUAUUUACUUGCAAGCAAAAUUAAUUUGAUUACGAAAUUCAGUUCUAGUCCUCUUAUAGUGAUAAUAUGUUACCAGUCAGUAUGAGUUACUAUUUCUUACAGCACAACAUUUGUUAUAAUAAAUGUUUGAAAUUAAUCAAAGAGAAUGCGAACGAAUUGUGUUUUUUUUAUUAUACGUCGAUUUUAUAUGAAUAGACAGCAAUUUAAUUUUAAUUCUCGUUGGAGACGAAAAAUUAUUAUUAUUGUCGUGGUUUUAAAUGCAAUGUAUUUUAUAACACCUGGGCUGUUUUAUUUAAAGUUAUACACUACACGUUUUUAAUUUAGAAUGUUUUAUGUCAUUUCUCUCUCUUUCGAUCAUAAUAGGAGAAAAAAGUGGCUCAAGAUGUCUAUUUCCAUCCAGUUACCACUUUCAUAGACUUUGUAUUACUAACGGAAUGGAAGGAUCGAAAAAUGUAUGGAAAUUUUGGGACACUUUUUACUCCCAUUAAGAUAGCAAGAGUAGAUUUUGAGUAGAAAUAAUAUAAAAAUGACAAAAAUUGUAUUUUAACUUGAAAUAAAAUGCCCAGCUAAGGUUCACUGAUUUUAUUAAGUAUUUUUCUUUAUUAAAUGAAGCUUUUCAAAAGAAA